ACACAGGCGGGUGAGUGCGCGGGAGGGUGCCCGUCUCCCUGGUGUCAAAGUCGCUCGUUCCUUUUCGGGAGAUCCGCUUAAAAAUAACGCCCGCCUCGUUUUUGUUUGCCUCCCCAAGAAAUUGUAGCAGCUGCUCAGCUAUGGCUCUGUCUCCGGAGAAAGCCUCGGAGCUCAAACAGAUUAUUCACCAGCAGUUAACUAAGAUGGAUGUUCACAGCAGGAUUCGAGAAGUGCUUGCUGAGACCAUACGUGAAGAGCUGCCACCUCAACAUCAGCAGCUAUCCCAAGAAGAUCUAAUAAAAGCCCUCACACGACGAGGAAUCAUUGAUGAUGUUAUGAAAGAACUACAUUUUGUAACAGAUAUAAAUGACAAAGAAAUUACUUCAACUCCAAAACCCGCUACUCAUUUUGUUGACCGACAGGCAGCAGUGCUGAAGAAAACAAAUAUUGACCCAACACGAAGGUAUCUUUAUCUUCAGGUUUUGGGUGGAAAAGCUUUUCUGGAACAUCUGCAGGAACCAGAACCUUUACCUGGUCAAAUUUGUUCUACUUUGACACUUUGCUUGCAUUUCCGAAACCAACGUUUCCGCUCUAAACCUGUCCCGUGUGCCUGUGAACCAGAUUUCAGUGAUGGUUUUCUACUUGAAGUAUACAAGGAAAGCUUAGGUGAAGCAAGUAAAAUGGCAGAUGCAACCACUAUGCUAUCAAUUUGUGAUCCAGUCCAUAUUGUCUUGAUCAAAACAGACACAUCUGGUGAGACCACAUUAGUAGCAUCCUAUUUCUUAGAGUGGCGGUCUGUCCUUUGUGCAGAGAACAGGAUUACAAAUGUUGCUGUUGAACUUCUGGGUGUAGGUACAGAAUCAAAAGUUUCUGUUGGAGUCCUUAAUAUCAGACUUGAAAUGUAUCCAAAGCUAAAUAAGACACUUUCUCAGGAAAUAGUUACUACUCAGUUUUCUUUAGAACGCCAGAAAACAGCAGAAAAAGAACGCCUGUUUCUUGUUUAUGCCAAGCAGUGGUGGAGAGAAUAUCUGCAGAUUAGGACUUCACACAACACAAGACUGGUGAAAAUUUUUGCACAGGAUGAAAAUGGGAUAAACAGGCCAGUCUGUUCAUAUGUCAAGCCUCUUCGAGCAGGCCGACUUCUAGACACACCCAGGCAAGCGGCAAGAUUUGUCAGUGUGCUUGGUUAUGAAAGAGCCCCUAUCAUUGGUGGAGGAAAUAGUAAACAAGAACAGUGGUGUACUCUUCUGGCUUUUCUAUGUAGAAAUAAGGGAGAUUGUGAGGAUCAUGCUAACCUUUUGUGCAGUCUUCUACUGGGAUUUGGACUAGAAGCUUUUGUCUGUGUAGGAACAAAGGCCAAAGGAGCUCCUCACACUUGGGUAAUGACUUACGGGAUUGAUGGAAUAAUCACUUUCUGGGAGAGUUUAACAGGACAUAGAUAUAUCCACAAUCCUAUAAAACCUGAUGAUCCUCCAAUUGUUGAACAACCCAAGCCACUGUAUCCUUACCGAACAAUAGGAUGUGUCUUCAAUCACCACAAGUUUUUGGCAAACUGCCAACCUACUGAUGCCGUAGAAAUCUGUGCCUUUGACUUGCAUGAUGAAUCCAAAUGGAAACCAAUGAGUGGUGAAGCAAUCAAAUCUGUAUGUUCUCCAGGAGCCACAACUGCACUUCCUCAUUUUCCUCCUCUCUGUGCUUCGUCAGUAGACGCUGCAGUGACAAGCAAUGAACUGGAGUUACAACUGAGAAUGUUAGUGGUAGAACACAGAAAGGACCUUGGUCUUUCAACAGUUUGGGACGACCAGCUUUCUUACCUCUUGUCUCCAGCCUUGGCAGCCUAUGAACUUGAACGUACCACAGGUGUUUCUUCAGGUAAUGAAGAAUUUCAAGAUGCCAUCAGGAGAGCAGUACCCAAUGGACACACAUUCAAAGGAUUUCCCAUUCAUUUUGUACACAGAAAUGCAAGGAGAGCAUUUGCUGCGUGUCUUCGGUCUCCUUUUUGUGACGAAAUACUGUGCUGUAGAGGGGACCAAGUGCGACUUGCAGUUCGUGUCAGAGUUUUCACAUAUCCUGAAUCCGCAUGUGCCGUAUGGAUCAUGUUUGCUUGCAAAUACCGUUGCGUACUCUAAGAACCACUUGCACUUUGAACUGAAAUCCUCCACAGUUAUGUCAAAUUCCCACUGAGGUCAAAUACUUCUCACUAUUAAUGAUGUCAGGCGUGCAUUCUGAUCCUGAACACAUUUACUUGGAAGUAAAUCCCAUUGGUUUGUACUUAGCACUGCUGUUCCAGUUGCUCAGACUUUCACUUGUGCAACUGAACUUCCCCAUCCUCUCUUCCACCCUGCACGCACUGUGCACUCUUAAAGUCUGCUCCAGUGGGUUGGAGGACCCUCCAGAGCAGAUUUUGAGGGCGUGUAUGGAAGGAGGUGAAGAAGGAAAAGUCCCACUGUGCAAUUGGAACUGUACUCACUCAGUGUUGGAUACAACCCACUGAUUUCAGUGCAACAUUUAUCUAAGUGUGCUUAGGAUCACAGCCUUGAAGAGACAAGAUUGAAUAUUAUUGUAUUUAAUGGUAUGCCUUUAGUAAAGGCUUCUGCCUCAAUAUAAUGUUAUGAGUUUUGGCUGUGUGAUUGUGUUCAGAGUAUCA